AUGUUCCGAGUACCAGGGGAAGAACGCAAGUUUGAUCAUAGUGAUAAAUUUGGUGAACGCGAAUCUAUUCGUACAUGCAAAACUAUUAUGAAAGAAACAAAUACCAUUAUUGAAAUUGCAUCGUCUAAAGAUCAGUCUUUAACAUUUCUUAUAACUGGAAAGCAAAAUCAAGUUCUGGAAGCUAAACGGCGCAUUCUGACAACAUUUCAAACCCAGGCAAGUAAGCAGAUUAGUAUUCCUAAAGAUCAUCAUCGUUGGAUUCUUGGAAAACAAGGGCAGAGAUUGAAAGAUUUAGAACAAAAAACUGCUACAAAGAUUAAUGUGCCUGGCGUGCAAGAUCAGUCAGAUAUAAUAACAAUUACAGGAACAAAAGAAGGCAUUGAAAAGGCUGAACACGAAAUUAGAGUUAUUUCUGAUGAACAGUCUAGGAAAGCUUUUGAAAGGAUAACUGUGCCAAAAAUAUUUCAUCCGUUUAUAUACGGUGCACAUAACGAAAAUCUCAAUGCUAUGAUGGCAGAAACUGGUGCUCGUAUCAAUAUUCCUCCUGCCUCAGUGCAGCAGGAUGAAAUAACUAUAGCUGGUGAAAAAGAAGGGGUUUUGGCUGCAAAGCAAAAGAUUGAAAGUAUCUACAAGGAUAUGGCAAAAAGAUGUACUACAGUAUCUGUAGAGGUUCCCAAGUCUCAACAUAAAUAUGUAAUUGGGCCACGUGGUAGCACCAUAGCAGAAAUAUUACAAACAACUGGUGUGAGCGUCGAGAUGCCUGCACCUGACUCGGCAACUGGUACCAUAACUCUUAGAGGACCUCAAGAGAAACUUGGUCAGGCUCUUAACAAGGUAUAUGAAAAGGCAAAUAGUGUUCGCACUGCUGUGGUAGAAGCUCCAGUCUGGAUACAUAAGUACAUUAUUGGACGCAAAGGUGUAAAUAUCAAGAAGAUUACUCAAGAAAUGCCAAAAGUAAAUGUAGAAUUUACUGGAAAAGAAGAUAAAAUCAAGAUAGAAGGUCCACCUGAAGAAGUAGAGAAAGCACAGAAUGAGUUACAACUUAUGGCUAAUGAUCUUAUAGCAAAGCUUACUUUCACAGAGUUAAAUGUCGACCCAAGAUUUUACAAGCAUAUCAUUGGGAAGAAUGGUUGUAAUGUGAAUCGUGUUAAGGAAGGAACGGGUGUUGUGAUUAGUAUAUCUGAAAAUGAUGGCAGUAACGUUAUCCGUAUCGAAGGCAAUCUUGCUGGUGUGUUGAAAGCUCAAACGGAACUUGUAGAAAUGGUGAAAAAGUUAGAAAAUGAGAAAGAAAAAGAUGUGAUUAUAGAUCACAGAUAUUAUCGUAACAUAAUUGGUAAUAAAGGAGAUAAUAUCAAAGAGAUUAGAGAUAAAUUUAAUCAAGUACAAAUUACUAUACCUGGACCAGGUGAAAAAGGAGAUAUAGUAAAGAUCAGAGGACCCAAAGAAGAUGUCGAUAAGUGCCAUAAACAUCUAAUGAAGUUGGUGAAAGAAUUGAAUGAAAGUAAUCAUGUAUUGGAAGUACCUAUUUUUAAGCAGUUUCAUAAAUUUGUUAUUGGAAAAGGUGGUGUUAACAUCCGUAAGAUCAGAGAAGAGACGCAAACAAAAAUUGAUUUACCUGCUGAAGGCGAGAAAAGUGAUGUUAUAACUAUCACUGGAAAAAAAAGAAAAUGUAGGAGAAAGCUAAAGAAAUGAUACAAAAGAUUCAAAAAUGAAUUGGCUAACAUUGUUACUGAAGAAAUCACUAUUCCACCAAAGUUUUACAAUUCACUUAUUGGUACUGGAGGUAAAUUAAUACAUUCUAUUAUGGAAGACUGUGGAGGCGUCACAAUCAAAUUUCCCACCGCCGAAAGUAAAAGUGAUAAGGUCAGUAUCAGAGGUCCAAAAGAUGAUGUGGAGAAAGCAAAAGCACAGCUUUUGGAACUAAGCAAUGAAAAGCAAUUAUCCAGUUUUUCGGCUGAAGUGCGUGCCAAAGUUCAACAUCAUAAAUUCCUUAUUGGAAAGAAUGGUGCCAAUAUCAAGAAGAUAAGAGAAUCCACAGGCGCACGAAUUAUGUUCCCAACAGAGGAGGAUCAAGAUAAGGAAGUGAUUACUAUAAUGGGCAAGAAAGAAGCAGUUGAGAAAGCUAAAGCUGAUUUAGAAGCUACGAUUAAAGAGAUUGACAAUAUUAUCGAGGGCGAAAUUCACAUCGAUCCUAAGCAUCACAGACAUUUCGUUGCGCGGAGAGGUGGUGUACUACACCGAAUUGCUGAUGAAUGUGGCGGUGUGCAAAUUUCAUUUCCACGGGCAGGCGUCGACAGCGAUCGCGUCAGCAUAAAAGGCUCGCAUGAAUGUAUAGAAGCUGCGAAACAACGAAUGCGAGAAAUCGUCCAGGAAUUGGAAUCUAUGGUAACAGUGGAAUGCGUAAUACCUCAAAAGCAUCAUCGCACGGUGAUGGGUGCAAAGGGUCGCAAAGUGCAAAACAUAACAUCUGAAUAUGACGUACAAAUCAAAUUCCCUGAUCGCGAAGUAUAUGAUGAACAAAAAACACCGGAACAAGUUAAUGGAGAAAAUAGAGAGACAGGAGAAAUUGUUCCAGCUUGCGAUAUAAUUCGUAUUACCGGACAACCUGAGAACGUUGCUGCCGCUAAACAAGCUUUACUCGAUCUUGUCCCUAUUACAAUUCAAGUAGAUGUACCAUUUGAUUUCCAUCGUUCGAUAAUUGGGCAGAAAGGUAAAGAUGUACGGGAAUUAAUGAAUACAUAUGAUGUACACAUCAUGCUCUCUCCAGCGGAGGAAAAACUAGAUUAUAUCAAAAUCUCUGGAACGCCGUCGUGUGUGCAAAGUGCCAAGGAAGCUAUCCUUGAAAAAUGUGAAGCUUUGAAGGCCGAACGAGAGGACCGAGCAUUAAAAUCUUUCGAAUUAAAGGUNNAAGUUGAUCCGGAAUAUCACCCAAAAAUUAUUGGCCGAAAAGGAGCUGUGAUCAGUAAAAUACGUAGUGAUCACGAUGUCCAAAUUAACUUCCCGCGCAAAGGUGAUCCUGAGGAACAUAUUAUUACAAUAACAGGAUACGAAAAGAAUGCAUACAGUGCGCGAGAUGAUAUCAUGAAAAUUGUUAAUGAAUUGAAUGGUUUGACGAAGGAAGAAGUGCAGAUAAAUGCCGCUGUUCAUUCACGUUUGAUCGGUGCAAAAGGUCGAAAUAUUCGUAAAAUAAUGGAUGAAUUUAAAGUUGAUAUCAAGUUUCCAAGGAAAACCGAUGCUGAUCCCAAUAUCGUAACAAUCGUGGGAGCGGAAGAAAACGUUACCGAUGCAAAGGAACGUUUAUUGAAUCUAGAGGAAGAAUACAUGCAAGACGUGAUAGAGAACGAAUAUCGUGAAAGUUUGCGAUCACCUCAACGCGACGAUGGUAGUAACGUCGGUGGCAGUGAGAAUGAUACUGGCUUCAUCGUGAAAGGAGGACCAUGGGAACAGCAGCAACAGCAGCCUCAGAGUGCGCCGAACACGGCCAGCGUAGAAGAAUUCCCGCAAUUCGCUGGUUAUUCUCAUGUACCCGUUGCAACCCCGGACGGCCCUUGGGGAAUUAAGCGUUAAGAUAUAAACCGAAAUUCACUAACAAAAAAAGAAACGAUUGAUUGGAACCUAAUAAGCUAAUGAUAUAAGGUAACUUUCCUCUGACAAACAGUAUGUAAAACACAUAAGUAUACGCAUGUACAUGUACACAUACACGACAUUAUACAUCAUACACGCAAAUGCACUUGUGUUGGGUGGUUCCCUAUUCCAUUACUGACGUUGCUGCAUACGACCUGGCCAUUCUAUUGGACUUUGACACUGGUUUACUACACACAACGUUCGACGACGAUGUUUAUAUUUACAAUUCAUAAUACCGAUGUCCUAUGUAUCUGUAACUGUAAUGCAUGUUGUCCUGAGUCUGUCGCCAUAUCACUCGGUCCAGUUGGGCGUACACAUGUACGCUGUGUCGUGCACGACUUAAUCUCGUGGCUUUUAUUUUUAAUGAUAUGCUUUCCAGGUACAGAUAUGUUGUACUUAAGACUGUGGCUUCGUGGGAAAUAAUCGGGUCAGCAGUCUGCAGAAAAGAGCUGAAUCUACAAAAAUUGUAAAGUAGAGUUAUUCUGUAGUUUUCUUACUCUACAGAAAUGUAAAUUGUUUAUGAACUCUUUACAUUCAUAUUCUACGAUAGGGAACAAGUUUUUGUGCAGAUUAAUCCUUUUCUGCAGAAACUGAUCGAUUUAUUCGUGUAUUAUAUUAUUUUCACAGAUAAUCUUUGUACCACGUAUAGGCUGCAAACAGUCGUACGUUUUUCGUUGAUCUUAGCAUAAUAAUUUGUUAAUUUAUUUAUAUCUUUUUUGUACAUAUAUCACAUUUUCUCGUUGUUUUGUGCCACUUAAGUGAAGUGGUUUCUAAACUACAUCACGAUUGUUGAAAUUUAUAUUGUAAAAUUUUCAUGAAUCAAAAAAAAACAGGGGCUUUCUAAGGAAAAGGUUGUUUCUUACACAAUUUUUUAUAUUAUAAUAAUUAGAUAUAAACGCGAUUUGAGUCACCAUAAUUUCAAUGCAUAAAUCAGAAAUUUGUUGAUGCAUUGAUCGCAUACACUUAUCAAUAAUUGUAAGAUCCAAGUAAUAGAUUUGUAAUCGGAGAUUACAGAAAACCCCGAUAAUCUCCGAUAAAAUAAAAUUUUAGAUGCUCUAUAGAGGCA